AGUCAGAUCCUGUAUCCAAGUCAAGCUACUGAAGGUAGAUUUAAGCUGUUUCAUAUUUUUUAGGUGUCUGUUGAUACUGUACAGUAGAAGAAAGCCUUGUCUAGCUUAUUUUAUGCUUGUAGAGAAAGACAACAUGGUUCCUGCAAAGAGAAUCUUGAACAUUUUCUUCAUCCUUUCUCAUUUAAUUGUGUGGUUCAAUGUUAUGGUAGGAGCUGUAUCACCUUGUGUCUCGCGACGAUGCCUGGCUAAUGAUCUGAUUGCAAAGGGGCUAUACAGCCCCCCACAGCCACCCACAUGUGCAGUCAUGGUGAACCUCACAUCCAUCCAGUAUGAGACCCUGUCUGUGGAUACAAAAACUCUACGUUUCUCCAGCCGCAUCAAAAUUGAAAUGGAAUGGAGAGAUCCAGACCUCGCAUGGUCAGAUCAACAGUACAAGUUUACAGAACUUAUGCUACCAGUUGACAAAAUCUGGACCCCGGAUCUUACUGUGGACAAUGCAGUUGAGACAGAGGUAAAGCCUGUCUCUACUGAUAUACUGGUCGGUCAGGAUGGCACUGUGCAGCAUUCGAUCCAAAUGUACACUACAGUAGUGUGUGGAAUCAACCUCUUCAACUACCCUUUUGUCACGGAUGCAUGCCCUGUGGCCCUUAAUGGAUGGAGCCAAAGCUCUUGUGGCCUGCGUUUCCAGUAUGGAACCAUAUCUACAGUGGGAACCAACCGUGGGGAAUGGCGAACCUUGUCAGUGGAGCUUCGUGGGAACAAAGACAGACUGGAUCGCAACUAUCUCUAUGUAACCAUGUCCAUCAACCCCUUCAACACAAUAGUGACACUAAUCCUGCCCAGUGUGCUCAUCAUGGUGGCUGACCUGGUGAGUUUUGCUCUGCCACUGGAAGGGGGAAAGCGCAGCUCCUUCAAAAUCACGCUAGUCCUCAGCUUCACGAUGUCCCUCCUCAUUCUCACUGACAGUCUUCCUGACACUGGCCUCUGCAGCCCUCUAAUUCGUUACCAUUUUUGCUUCUGUUUGGUUCUUCUGGUUUUGAGCUUGCUGGCAUCCAUGAUCUUCACACGACUAGCUGUAGAUGGCAGUCUCUUUUCCUGCACACUCCCGAAACGACAUGAAUCAGACAAACUCAAAGCCAAAACUGAUACAAAGCAGGAUAUAAGCCUGAAUGGUGUGGCUACAGUCUAUGCUGAUGUGUCUACAGAGGAAGCUUCAGUCCAGAAAGUUGUGACUUUCUUGGAGAACAUGGAGAAGGCCAAUGAGGAGUCAAAGAAGAGGCAGUUCUUUGCAAACCGUUUUGACAAAAUCUGCUUCUGGAUCUACUUUUGCAUUGAUGUUAUUUAUAUCAUAUGUUUAACUGCCAUUACCAGAACAGAAUUUUGCAAGAUUAAUAAUCUGGAUUUCUGGAGUUCAUAAAAUCAUCAAUGAAAUAAUGAACAGUGUAAAGAAACGAUGAGGAUUAGGGUCACUUCUUGUUUCAGUCUUUAUCCUGUCUUAUGGUUUCAUAUGCAUGUUUGAAGUCGAUUUUACUCAGGGUUAAGUAUAAAGGACCAUUCAAGUUUAUAGCUUUUCUGAGAAAAAGUUUAUAUGUUCAGCGUGUCAAAACGUACCUAAUCUAAAAGACCAGACAAAUGAAUGCUAGACUGCAGAAAAGGACGCUGGUCUUGUAUCACACAGCAGAUCCAUCAGGUCUUCCAUGAAUUACUAUGUAUAUGAUUCUGUUUAUCAUAGGUACAAAUUUUAUACUGUUUAGUUAAUAAAAAUAUUCA